UGCGCUCGGCAUUGUGGCAGGCGGCGGGGACCGGCGGAGGCGCCGGAGGGAGCCGCCGGUAGCCGCGGGCAGCGGAAAGGCGCGCACAGGGGCUCCGACGGCGCGGCGCCGGCCGCAGCGAGCACCACUGAACGCACUCACCUUCGGUCGCACAACUUCGGAGCCCAGGCGCAGAGGAGCCGGGAGCGACCUGAGUUGCGGAGCCCGGGGCGCACAGAGAGGGGCGCGCCCGAGCCUGGCUCCGGAGCGGGCGCCCGGCACCCACCGCGCUCCGAGCGCCGGGCGGCCCUUGGCGCAGCGUGGCUGCCGCUGCCCCCACGGAGGGCACGGGCUGGCGCGGCCGGGCGCCGGGGAGGACGGCGAGGAGGAGGCGGCGGCGGCGGAGACGGCGGCGGCGAGGCUGGGGGCAGGGAGAGAGCCCCGGGGGAGAGGCGCCCGAGCCGGGCCGCGGGAGCAUGUGGGCCCGGAGCGGAGCGCGGGCUGCGCUGCUUCUGGCCUUGCUGCUCUUCUGGGACUCGUCGCUGAGCCCAGCAGGCGCUGAGGUGAGCAGUAAGGUGCUCCCAGACUCCUUCCCAUCAGCACCUGCGGAGCAGCUGCCCUACUUCCUGCAGGAGCCGCAGGAUGCCUACAUAGUGAAGAACAAGCCCGUGGAGUUGCGCUGCCGUGCCCUCCCCGCCACACAGAUCUACUUCAAGUGCAACGGCGAGUGGGUCAGCCAGAACGACCAUGUCAUCCAGGAGGGCCUGGAUGAGGCCAUCGGGCAGCGUGUGCGAGAGGUGCAGAUCGAGGUGUCCCGGCAGCAGGUGGAGGAGCUGUUUGGGCUGGAGGACUACUGGUGCCAGUGUGUGGCCUGGAGCUCCGCAGGCACCACCAAGAGUCGCCGGGCCUACGUCCGCAUCGCAUACCUGCGCAAGAACUUCGAUCAGGAGCCUCUGGGCAGGGAAGUCCCCCUGGACCACGAGGUUCUUCUGCAGUGCCGCCCACCUGAGGGGGUACCUGUGGCUGAGGUGGAAUGGCUCAAGAAUGAGGAUGUCAUCGAUCCUGUCCAGGACACCAACUUCUUGAUCACCAUCGACUACAACCUCAUCAUGCGCCAGGCACGCCUGUCAGACACGGCCAACUACACCUGUGUGGCCAAGAACAUCGUAGGCAAGCGCCGCAGUACCACCGCCGCUGUCAUCGUCUACGUGAAUGGUGGCUGGUCCAGCUGGGCCGAGUGGACACCCUGCUCCAACCGCUGUGGCCGAGGCUGGCAGAAGCGCACGCGCACCUGCACCAACCCUGCUCCGCUCAACGGAGGCGCUUUCUGUGAGGGCCAGGCCUUCCAGAAGACCGCCUGCACCACCGUGUGCCCGGUUGACGGGGCGUGGACAGAGUGGAGCAAGUGGUCAGCUUGUAGCACCGAGUGUGCCCACUGGCGUAGCCGAGAGUGCAUGGCGCCCCCGCCCCAGAAUGGAGGCCGAGACUGCAGCGGGACGCUGCUCGACUCCAAGAACUGCACCGACGGGCUGUGCGCACAUAAUCAGAGAACUUUAAGUGACCCCAAAAGCCACCUCCAAGAGGCCUCAGGGGACGUGGCACUGUACGCCGGCCUGGUGGUGUCCGCCUUCGUGGUCGUGGCCGUCCUGUUGGUAGUGGGAGUGGUGGUGUACCGCCGUAACUGCCGAGACUUCGACACUGACAUCACAGAUUCCUCUGCUGCCCUCACAGGGGGCUUCCACCCAGUCAACUUCAAGACUGCGAGACCCAACAACCCACAGCUUCUACACCCCACUGUGCCUCCCGACCUCACAGCCAGCGCCGGCAUCUACCGUGGCCCAGUCUACGCCUUGCAAGACUCAACAGACAAGAUCCCCAUGACAAACUCACCCCUGCUGGACCCCCUGCCCAGCCUCAAGAUCAAAGUCUACAACUCCAGCACCACUGGCUCUGGGACAGGCCUACCUGACGGAGCCGACCUACUGGGGGUCCUGCCCCCGGGCACCUAUCCUAGUGAUUUCACCCGGGACACCCACUUCCUGCACCUGCGCAGUGCCAGCCUCGGCUCCCAGCAGUUCCUGAGCCUGCCCCGUGAGCCGGGGAGCAGCAUCAGUGGCACCUUUGGCUGCCUAGGCGGGAGGCUCAGCAUCCCGGGCACAGGGGUCAGCCUGCUGGUACCCAAUGGAGCCAUUCCCCAGGGCAAGUUCUACGAGAUGUACCUCCUUAUCAACAAGGCAGAAAAGACGCUUCCACUCUCAGAAGGGACCCAGACAGUAUUGAGCCCCUCGGUGACCUGUGGGCCCACGGGCCUCCUGCUGUGCCGCCCCGUCAUCCUCUCCAUACCCCACUGUGCCGAGGUCAGUGCCGGCGACUGGAUCUUCCAGCUCAAGACUCAGGCCCACCAGGGCCACUGGGAGGAGGUGGUGACCCUGGAUGAAGAGACCCUGAACACGCCGUGCUACUGCCAGCUGGAGGCCAGGUCCUGCCACAUCCUGUUGGACCAGCUAGGCACCUACGUGUUCACAGGGGAGUCCUACUCCCGCUCAGCAGUCAAGCGGCUCCAGCUGGCCAUCUUCGCCCCUGCCCUCUGCACCUCCCUGGAGUACAGCCUCCGCGUCUACUGUCUAGAGGACACUCCUGUAGCACUGAAGGAAGUGCUAGAGCUGGAGCGGACCCUGGGCGGCUACCUAGUGGAGGAGCCAAAGCCUCUGCUAUUUAAGGACAGUUACCAUAACCUGCGCCUCUCCCUCCAUGAUCUCCCCCACGCCCACUGGAAGAGCAAGCUGCUGGCCAAGUACCAGGAGAUUCCCUUCUAUCACAUUUGGAGUGGCAGCCAGAAGGCCCUGCACUGCACCUUCACCCUGGAGAGGCACAGCCUCGCCUCCACCGAGUUCACCUGCAAGAUCUGUGUGCGGCAAGUGGAAGGAGAGGGCCAGAUAUUCCAGCUGCACACCACUCUGGCAGAGACACCUGCUGGCUCCCUGGAUGCCCUCUGCUCUGCCCCUAGCAGUGUGGUCACCACACAGCUGGGACCCUACGCCUUCAAGAUCCCACUGUCCAUCCGACAGAAGAUUUGCAAUAGCCUGGAUGCCCCCAGUUCCCGGGGCAACGACUGGCGACUAUUGGCACAAAAGCUGUCUAUGGAUCGGUACCUGAACUACUUUGCCACCAAAGCGAGCCCCACAGGCGUGAUCCUGGACCUCUGGGAAGCUCUGCAGCAAGAUGACGGGGACCUCAACAGCCUGGCCAGUGCCUUGGAGGAGAUGGGCAAGAGUGAGAUGCUGGUGGCCAUGGCCACCGACGGGGACUGCUGAGACGCCCCAGGACCACGGGCUGGUAGGGACUGGCAGGAGGUGGGCAAAGGGAGGCCCAGGCUUCCUCCCAUGGGACACUUCAGCCUCUGCUGCCCCCAGCUCACAGUCAGAGUUGCCCCUUCUUCUGCCACCCUUGGCCCACCCCAGACCACGACCAGCCUUAGAAAUCCAUAUACUCUGUAGCAGAGAGGACUCCGUGCCCCCCCACCCCCUGCUGUCUCUCCUGGCCUCACCUCUGCGGGGAUGGCCUAGGACAGAGGCCACUGAGGCAGUUAGGGGAGCGGGGAGGUGACCCUCUCUCCCACCCUCAGCCCCGAAACUUCGGUGGCAAUUAGUUUCCGUUUCGUUCUUCGUUUUCUUCUCCUUAUUAAUUCCCCCCUCGGCCCCCUUCUUCUUUCACACCGUUUUCCUCUUUGAAGAGUCAAGUACAAUUCAAACUGCUUUCUCCUGUCCAAAAGCAAAAAGAAAAGGAAAAAAAAAAAAAAAAGAAAGAAAGAUGGCUGCAGAUCACUAGAAAGGCUCAAAGAAGAAGAAAAACACCAAAACUACAAGGGAAAAGAAAAACCCAGUUUCUUAGGAAACGCACAUUACUUAUUAUCCAGAUAUUUGGAUGUGUCCUUUUUAAGAAAAAAAAAAAAAAAGAAAGACAAUGAAAACAACACAAAAAAAGAAAUAGAAAACUCUUUUCUUGAGUGUGGAUAUGCUCAUGGUUCUGGCCAGAAGUUGUGUGUGUGUGUGUGUGUGUGUCUCUGUGUGUGACUGUGUAAGAGAGGGAAAGUGGGGGCAUGUGGCUGCUUCUCAGUCCAUCUUAGACUCAGUUUUACUAGACUCUCAGUUGAACAGGGUCAGGUGAGGGUUUAGUUGUGGGACCAGACACUAAAUCCAUAAAGCCAGGGAGGCUGGAUGUUUGGAUGGGGUGGGGCACUGCUACCCAUAUUGUUACUGCCAGCCUCCAACAGGCACCCUAAAAGCGCCUCUUGACUGCCAGAGCUACCGUCAGAGGCCCUAAUGUACGUGUAGGGUGUCACACCCCUCUCCCUUCUCCCCAGGGUGGAGCCAUCCAGAACACACACCACCACCACCACCACCACCACCACCACCACCACCACCACCACCACCCAGUAGCCUCUAGAUGAGGUGGGCUGCAGCACUGUGGCAUUCUCUUGAAGCCCAGGAAUCUAGGAUCUGUCCUUCCCUGCCUCAGUUUCUCCUUCUGGAAAAGAGAAGGGAUGCAUAAGAGGGCCUCUCUGGACCUCAGUAUUGCUUUGAGCAAGGUGUUAGCAGUCAGCCCUGCAGUCAGGGAGCCUAGGAGCAGAGAGGCCUGGCUGUGCUUUCCGCGGGUGAGCGGAGCAGGAGAGGGAGAGCUCUUUCCCCAGCCCUCAUCUCCACAGGCACCUCCCUGAAGCCCUCAGCUCAACCCUCCCUCUGCAAGCUAGGAGACCCCCCUCCCAAAAUAAACAUAAUACGGACAGGAUUGCCAGAGUAGUGUCCACCGGUCUAGAACAAGGUGUCCUUUUUGUUUAAGAGUGAAAGCACAGUUGGGGUCAGGCUGAAACCCGGGUCAGCCAGCCGUGCCCAUGGUGUUCUGAGCAAUCACUAGUGCGGGAUCCCUUUUAGCUAGCACUUCUCCUUAGCACCUAGCUCAAAGCAAACACCAGGUGUCCCUGACACCUCUGGGCCCUGGACUUGCCCCAGCAAGCUUUUGAGCAGUGGCUGAGGCCAGCCUGGGCAUAUCCUGGCCUUUGAAAUUCUGGUCUUCUGGGAGGAAAGUAGCUUUUAGAGCUGCAGUCCCAGUGCCCCCCCUCCCCUGGUUUCCAGGCCAUAGACACAAACUGUUGGUGCUUCUCACAGCCACCGAGCCCCCUGGGGUGUGGUUUGAUUGUGGACAGACAAGGAGCUGCUCAGAGGCUUGAGAGAGCAUUCCUCCCAGCAAGGCCACUGAGACCAAGCCCCUUUACUCCAGCACAUGUGAGGAUGCUGUCUCCCAGCAAAGGCAGGGAGGCUCCCUGUCCACCACACCCAUCCUUGGGCUCAGCCUCUCUGGUUUGGUAAUGGAAGCUCCUCAGGCCUAUGUGUCCGCACAGCUUUGGGGCAGCCUUCCCAGGUACCACGAGGGGCUCGCAAGUGCUAUUCUCAUCAUAGCUUCUAAAAUGCUCCCAGACAGCCUGGAGUCCAAAGACCAGUACUCAAGUUCUGACUUUGCCCUUUAGGCUGCUGUGUGAUCCCAGGUACAUGGCUGCUUUCUCUGGUGCCAGAGCUGCUAUAUGAAGCCCUUUGGGUUCUGCAGUGCUGGGAGACACAGUCUCUGAUGGGAACAUUAGUGAGUUGAGGUUUCUUGUGAUCUCCUAUGCCCCCGCUCCCUCCAUUUUCUUUGUGUCCACUUCCACAGCUUUUAGUGGAUCGGGCCAGUCACCCAGGUGCCAUUUCAGGUCUGAUUCCAGAAAUAACUCACAAGGGCCUGAAGCACAGAACUGCUAGGCAAGAGCCUCCUGGGAUGGUUCAAAGCAUCCAGCUCUGUAGGAAGAAGUGGACAGGGACUGUCACCUCCUUCAGUCUGUGUGGCAUCGAAGCUUGCUGUUCUUGUUGUCCCAGAAGCUGCCAUACGUGACCUGGGUGCCCUGGGAGGUGCAGAGCAGGUGCCACCGCAGGGCCCUGGCCCAGGUGUGUGUGUGUGUGUGUGUGUGUGUCUCAUCUCUGGAGUGUGUUUGCAUGUGUGUGUGUCCUGUGUGCAUGAGAGAUGGGCACAUCAGGUCCCCUGCAAAGUGUGCUGUGUGUGUGUGUGUGUGUGUGUGUGUGUGUGUGUGUGCGCGCGCGCAUGUGGGUGUACUUGCCUAAAGGCCUCCAGAGGCUGGCAUGCUUGUUUUCUGCCCUCUCUGAGUUCACAGGGUCAGUCAGUGUAUCUUUUAUGUGCCUCUCCCUCUGCCUUCUCUCAAAGUGCCCCAAGUCCCAGGGCUCCCGAGCUAGGGUCCUCCUGAGGGCUCAGGCGACCCUCAAGAUCUCUUGGAUCUUCUAGGUCCUCUGGUCCCCUUCUCCCAGCUUCCAAGCAGCUGGGCCAGGUUCCCUUAGCAAAAAGUGACUGGGAUGUUGGGGUGCAGGGAACAGCUCUCCUGGGGGCAAAGGGCUGGACCCCCCUGCCUAGGCUAUGGACACAGUUACAUGUCCAGGGGGUAUGGGGCUCCAGGGAUGGCCCCAAUCCCACCUCUGUUGAUUCUGUACACGACAACCUGUAAAUAACGUUUAGCAUUCCUAUUGUAACAAAAUUAAUUUUUAUGAAAUAAAUUAUAUUUCCUAGUCUAAUAAACUCCAGGCUGUA